AUGGCCUCCUUUGCUGCAGCCAAUGCAGAAUUUUGCUUCAACCUGUUCAGAGAGAUGGAUAACAAUCAAGGCAAUGGAAAUAUGUUCUUUUCCUCUCUGAGCAUCUUCACUGCCCUGGCAAUGGUCCGUUUGGGCGCUCGAGGUGACUGCGCUGCUCAGAUUGAUAAGUUGCUUCACUUUAAUGAUGCCUCGGGACAUGGAAGUCCUUCUAAUAGACAGCCAGCACUCCAGUCUCAAUUGAAAAGAGUUCUUUCUGAUAUAAACACAUCCCACAAGGAUUAUGAUCUCAGCAUUGCCAAUGGUCUUUUUGCGGAAAAAAUUUUUGACUUUGACAAGAACUACAUUCAGUGUGCUGAAAAGUUAUACAAUGCCAAUGUGGAACGAGUUGAUUUUACAAAUGAUAUGGAAGAUACCAGACAUAAAAUCAAUAAAUGGAUUGAAAAGGAAACCCAUGGCAAAAUCAAGAAUGUGCUUAACGAAGGCAGCAUCAGCUCGUCUGCUGUCAUGGUGCUGGUGAAUGCCGUGUACUUCAAGGGCAAGUGGGAGUCAGCCUUCACCAAGAGUGAAACCGUGAAUUGCCGUUUCAAAUCUCCCAAGUGUCCUGGGAAAGUAGCUGCCAUGAUGCAUCAAGAGCGGAUGUUCAAUCUGUCUGUUGUUCAGGACCCAGCUAUGCAGGUCCUUCAGCUGAAAUAUAAUGGUGGCAUAAGCAUGUACAUUCUGCUUCCGGAAAAUGACCUGUCACAAGUUGAAAACAAACUGAACUUUCAGAAUCUAAUGGAAUGGACCAAUCCAAGAAAAAUGACCUCUAAGUAUGUUGAGGUGUAUUUUCCUCAGUUCAAGAUAGAGAAGAAUUAUGAACUCAAAUACCAUUUAAAAGCCUUAGGGGUGAAAGAUAUCUUUGAUGAGUCCAGAGCUGAUCUCUCUGGAAUAGCUUCAGGAGGUCGCCUAUAUGUGUCAAAACUAGUGCACAAGUCAUACAUAGAGGUCACCGAGGACGGCACUGAGGCUUCUGCUGCCACGGGAAGUAACAUUGUGGAAAAGCAGCUCCCUGAGUCGACGGUGUUCAGAGCCGACCGCCCAUUCCUAUUUUUCAUCAGGAAGGAAGACAUCAUCUUAUUUAGUGGCAAAGUCUCUUGCCCCUGAAAAUCCAAUUGAUUUCCAUUACAGUGGUCCCUGCCAC